AUGCCCGCCAGCGAUGAUGCCCUGGGGGCGGUCUCCCCCCACCAGUCCUUCGUCCACUCGCUCCUUUUCAGUGCGAGGGGCCCAAGCACCGCGCGAAGCAAGCGACUGCGCGCAGAGGCCGCAGCCAGGCGCUUACACCAGAGCAGUACCACCAGGAUCCCCGGUGUGAUAAAGUACAACUUCCGGCUGGUGGCGCUAGUGUUUAUUCUGUGCGCACCAGUGUACUUUUACUCGCUGGUGCAGACGCACACGCAUGUUGCGGUGACGGGCCUGCUGUUUGCGGCGGAGGCGCUCGCGUUUGUGCUGAACCUGCUGUUCUUCUUCAACUUCUGGUUCGCAACCGAGAGGAACAAGGUCUCGCUCAGAUCCUUCCAUCCGCGCCUGCCGGAAAAGGAUUGGCCCCAUGUUGACCUUUGCUUCACACAUUUCCUGGAGCCAGUAGCACAGCUGCAUGAUCCGCUUGCGGCGGCCCUGACCAUGGAUUACCCCCCCGACAAGCUCCACAUCAAGAUCUUGGACGAUGGGUACCUCGGAAAGCGAGGGGAGCACUACGAAGUCACUCCGCUAGGCCUGGAAUUGGAACAAAUGGUACAAGAUCUGCUCGGUGGUACGCACCCCACCCGGAUGAAGCUGUCGGGACAUCUCGUGCCAAGGCGGCACGCUGCUCCGGGCGGCAUGUUGGUGGUGACGUACAUCGACGAGGAGAAGCGCCUGCCGAGCGUCAGCAUCGUCAGCAGGAUGAAGGGCGAGGAGACGUUCUUCAAGACGGGCAACGUGGAGAACGCGCUGUACAAUGCAGCCCUGGAGUCCCCCUUCGUCGCCCUGUUCGACGGCGACACAGAGCCGCACCGCGACUUCCUGACCCGCACGCUGCCGCUCUUCUACCGCUUCGAGCCCGAGACGAAACGGUGGCGCGUCAACUGGGAGGUCGGGUUUGUGCAAACCCGGCAGCGGUUCAAGAACGUCGCGCACCGCUUCGGGCCGGAUGACCCGCUGAACCAGUCCAACGGUGUUUUCUUCUCCGCAAUCCAGGCGGGCCGCGACGGGCUGGGCAUGGCUGACUCCUUGGGAACGAAUGAGAUCUACUUCAGACCUGCUCUGGAUGACGCACUCGGCUUGGUGUACGGCCCGCUGUCUGGAGACCUCGCGACCGGGGUGAAACUGCACAACUUCGGCUGGAAGGGCCUGUACUUGAACGCGGUUCUGGCGGAAGGCCUUUGCCGGAACACUGUCGGAGACACGCUGCUCGAGCGGAAGAGAUGGGUGGUCGGGUCCAUCCAGAUGCUCUUGCUGUCCCUCAACUGGCGCGCGCUCUUCAGCGCGCGCUUUCUGGUCGCCCCGCUGCGGCUCCAGACGGAGGCCCGGCUUGCGGCGCUGUUGAAGCGGCCCGAGCGCUUUGUCAACCCUCUCGCGGAUGACGACGUCGGCUACGAGGCCCGCCAGAUGCGCCGGGAGUCCUUCUGGAUGGGCGUCGCGCGGCGCGUUCUGUUCCUGGAAACGACUCUGAGGCCGCUGGGAUCGCUCGUCGCCUUCGCCAUGAUUAUCCUCGCCCUCGUCUUCAUGCUGGGCAACGUGCCCCCUCUGCGGUUCUUCCACGAAGGAGGAGGUUGGACGUACGGACUUAUUUAUCUGGGCAUCGUGGCUUCGUACCAGUUUCUGCGGCUGUUUGCCAUCUCCUUGGGUUGCUACAGCUUGUUCUUAGACGGCACUUCCGGGCAGGACGUCUGGCGUGAAGUCCAGGGCUACUUUACCUUCGCCUGGGUUUCCGCGCUCGGCAUCGUGGAGGCGGUCGCGGGCGCAGUGUCAGGCCGCAGGAUCCAGUGGGAGACGCAGAAGAAGGGCCUCCGCCCGCUGGCCGAGCUGCCCAACGUGUUCCUGCUCUUCGUCCUCUUCGGCAGCAUCUGCAUCGCGUUCGUCAACAUCUUCGUCAAGGGAUCCACCGAACGCCGGACAACGAUGGACUCAAUGGACGCUGUCGCGUACGGCGUGUUCCUGUGGGUGUGCAUCUGGCCGUCCACGCGCUGCACGCUCGCGGCGCUCGCGCGCAUGCCGCUCUGGUCGUUCAAGAUGCCCAAGUUCGUGUGGACCGCCGCCGGAAUCGUCAUCGGAAUCGCCAUCAUUUCAAUCAUGGGGCGCUACGCGCAGCCCGCGCCGAACAUCGGCGCGUUCGAACGGAACGACUACCCGACGGGGCCGAUCAUUGGGCCGGACGGCGUCACAAUCUACCAGAACGCGAGCCUGGCUUUCCAGACGGUCUUUUGGGGCCCCAACAAGAUCUUCCUCCCGGCCGAUGCGGCGACAUCCACGUACGACACCGGAGGAUACGUCCUCGACUCUUCGACUGGGCGGGUGUCUUCGCAGCUUAUGGGAUACGCGAUGAUGAUUGCAGUCCAGCUCAACCAACGAACUGAGUUUGACGCACUCUGGAGGUGGGUCCAGUCCAACAUGAUGCCUCAGCCCCCGAGCCCCUACUACGGCUAUGUGGCUUCGCAGGUUUCCCCGGACGGCACUAUUCUGAACCCCGCUCCUUUCCCGGACGCGGAGCAAUACAUGGCGACUGCGCUCAUGUUCGCUGGGUCAAGAUGGCAAGCCCUAGGGCCGGACGGAAGCGGAGACUACCGGCAGGCGGCGUACGACAUGCUGGAGACGAUGCUGUACACGCAGCGGCUCAACGCCAACUUCGCAAACUCCACCGACAUGUUCAACGGCACGUCGCACCUAGUGACGUACCAACCGGACCCCGUGACGCGUGCUUACAUCCGCACGGCCACUCUGAACCCCGCAUUCUACGAGGUUUGGCGGCGCUUCGCGCCCAAGCGACUCGGGGCGGGCGUCGGAGGCUUCUGGGAAAAGGCACGUGACGCUGCACGUGUCCUCCUUAGUGUGUCCGGCAACUUAAACAGCGGACUGUUUCCGGAACUGGUCAACACGGACGGAAGCCCAAACAAGGGGCCCGACGGCACCGGCGACCAGUGGUCGAAGGACACGUGGAUGGUGCAGCCCAACCUGGCGCUCGACGUCAUCUGGUGGGACCGGAACGGCGCGGCGCUCGACGCGUGCGUGCGGUACACCAACUUCUUGCUGGCGGAGGGCGUCAAGUUCUACGGCAUCCGGUACCAGCCCAGCACGAACGCCAUGCUGGAACAGGGCCUCAACUUCACCCAGCGGGUGGGGCUGGUCGCCGUGAACGCCAUGCCGGCGAUCGCGGCGGGAUCCGCGGUCAACGCGCAACCCUUUUUCGACGCAAUCCAGCAGAUCGACCUGGCGGCGAUUAUGACCGCCACCAACACCGACCGCGCCUUCCACGGCCUUCUGUACCUCCUCGGUCUGCUGACGUCAUCGGGCCGAUAUCGGGUCUUUGAUCCCAACUACGGAGCGGGGCCAGAGUGAAAGAUCUAUCAGAGAUGGACUGCCAGGGGCAUCACAAACCAGCCGCAAAACGGCACGCGAGUUGUUCCAUGAUAAGCUUUUAUUUAUCCAGGUAUAGUUGAAGGGCCAGAUUGAUUUGCCAGAUGAGGAGUCUAGAUUGCGAAGGGCUUCGAUCGGACACUUCCGUGCGUGCACCGGGGUAUUUCGCUUUGCACAGCUGCCUCUGAAGGCGGUCGACUGUAUUCACAAGAAUGAUCUGCGGCCAGAGCCUAGGUCACUGUUGCACGUGCCAGGCACUUUACCUUGUAGGUGAAAGAUAACCGCUCCAGCCAGGAGCUCAAGACUUUCUUGUCUGCAUUG